AUGUUCCGCACCACAUUGCUUCGCCAGGGCAUGGCCGUCGCCAAGGCCCCCAAGCCUACCACAAUGGCUCGUCCAAUGCGAUUCUACAGCACAUCCCAAAAAAAGAACUCUGGUGCUCCUAGCUUCGCUGCCAUGUUGGCUGUUGCCUCAAUGGGUUUUGCCGCUUACAGCAUGCUUGUCAAAUCUCGAGAGGGUCAAGCACUGCCUCGUCGCAAACAACCAGCACCUGUCAGUGAAGAAAAGCAAGACGACAAGCAGCAACAGCAACAGGAGCAACAGCAGCCUGCCGAGGAAGCUAAGCGUAUCCCUGCCUUUUCUCCAGAGGAAGUUACUGUGGUCUUUGUGCUUGGUGGUCCUGGAGCUGGCAAGGGUACACAGUGCGAGAACUUGAAGCGUGAUUACGGCUUUGUUCAUUUGUCUGCCGGUGAUCUUUUGCGUGAAGAGCAACAACGCCCUGGAUCCAAGUAUGGUGAAUUGAUCAAGCACUACAUUCGUGAAGGUUUGAUUGUGCCUAUGGAGGUCACUAUUGCUUUGCUCGAAAACGCCAUGAGAGAAGCUAUGGAAAAGUCAAAGGCCACCCGUUUUUUGAUUGAUGGUUUCCCUCGAAAGAUGGAUCAAGCUCUCAAGUUUGAGGAAGUUGUUGUUCCUUCCAAGGUCGUCUUGUACUUUGAGUGCCCUGAGGAGAUCAUGUUGCAACGAUUGUUGAAGCGUGGCGAGAGCUCCGGCCGCAUUGAUGACAAUAUCGAGUCCAUCAAGAAGCGAUUUGCUGUUUUCCGAGAAACCAGCUUCCCUGUGAUUGAGGCAUUUGAAAAGCAAAACAAGGUGAAGACCGUCUCAUGCAAUAAGCCAGUGGAUGAAGUAUACAAGGAUGUUCGAGAAUCAUUCGACAAGUUGUUUGGAGAAGACAAAUAG